AACAGUCCCGUGUGUCAAACGUGUGUUUUCGGUCCGUGUGCGCGAUUUACGUCGUAAUUAAAGCAAACGCUAGCGCGUAAUUAAUUAAUCAAAUUUCAAUUUAAAUUCAUUUUAUACGUGUGUGUGUGUGCAAUUGUUGCUUUUAUUAUUUGCAAACGGUGAUGCCGAAUUCGAUGCUGACUACGUCGCGGCCAACAAAGUUGGUGACGUCGCGUUUGUGCCCAACAAGGCGUUGACAAAACAAACUUGAAAACGGAUCGCAAAAAGUAGACAAAAAACAAUAGCAACAAUAAAUAAAAGUCGUGGCUAAAACGUAAAUUGAAAAAGUGCAAAGAAGAAUUUGUUUAAAUAAAUACAUCUUACUAUUUUUGGCAUUUACUUGCUUGUGUGUUAGUGUCUGAGAGAUUCUGUGCUCUGCUUCUGUGUGUGCGCGUGUGUGUUUUGUGUCUUUGCAAAUAAGUGUACGUGUGUGUGCGUGUAGCAAAUAGAAUUUUACACACAAGUGUGCGUGACACCCACACAAAACGUGCGGUAAAUGCAGCUCCGCAAAAAUGUGCAGCAUAACGCGAAACGAAAUGGUCAAUGUGACACAGCAGGAUUUACACGAUCUAUUAGAAAUUUUCGAAAAAAAAUCAUUCGAGGCGACGGCCUUUGAGGAAGGGUCAGCGGAGUAUGGCAUCUCAAAAAAAUGCGAAUUUCUAUACAAACUCGACUACAGUCUCAUCGAGCUGGACAACACGAACGGGCUGCUGAGCCCACGUUAUCCUGGACGCAUACUCAUACCCGAAUAUGAGCAUGGCCAUAUGGCCAAGACACUGAUACCCAGCAGCAAUGGAAUAUUUGGAGGCGGCUCAUCCGGUACCACGGCAACGGCGACGCCGCUCAACAGCAGCGUUGGGAGCAACUGCAGCAAUGGCAGCGCUAACAAUGCUGCUGGCGUGGGCAUCCAGGCGUUUGUGACGUUCGCCAAUCCCCUCCAGAUGCCGUCAGCACAGCCAGCGCCAACGAUGCCGGCGACAACACAACAGCAACAGCCAUCUCAGCAGAACAACACCAUCUAUGAGGAUCAAUACGAUAUACAGCGCAUGCGAGAGCUGGUAACGAUGGCAAAAUAUGCCAGAUGCAGGCAGAGAUUCGCAGUGCCCGUGAUUAUGUAUCGUGGCAAGUAUAUUUGCCGCUCGGCAACGCUCUCCGUGAUGCCAGAGACUUAUGGCCGCAAAGUGGUUGACUAUGCCUAUGACUGCCUCAGUGGCAACUAUGCGGCACCCAAUGGGGAGGAGAACGACGCGGAUUCCACAGACGAAUCGCUGAUUAAUCACAUCAAUGAUCAGUCACAGUCUCAGUUCAGCUACGACGAGGUCAUCAAGAGUGACAUUCAGCUGCUGCACACGCUAAAUGUGUCCACAAUUGUGGAUCUCAUGGUGGAGAAUCGUAAAAUCAAAUACUUCAUGGCCGUCUCCUCAUCAGAGAAGGCCGAUCCGAACAAGCAUUACAAGGGUUUUAAUCUGCUAUCGCUGCCGUAUCCGGGCUGUGAGUUCUUCAAGAAGUUCCGCGACAACAAUUACAUGGCCAAGAAUCUGCACUACAAUUGGAAGCAAUCGUUCAACGAUGCCAACAUCAACAUACCCAAUCUGGGACCCGCCGCCGACAUCGAUAUUAUUUGGCCCGAAUACCGUGACUGGGAUUUGGUUUCCAUAACGCAAAACUAUUUGCGUGCCACACUCAAAUACAUACAGGAGGAUAACUCCGGCCUGCUGAUACACUGCAUCAGCGGCUGGGAUCGUACACCGUUGUUCGUCUCCCUGGUGCGUCUAUCGUUGUGGGCCGAUGGACUCAUCCAUCACUCACUAAACGCCCUGCAAAUGGCGUACUUGACACUCGCCUACGAUUGGUAUUUGUUUGGUCAUCAGCUGCCCGAUCGCCUCAAGCGUGGCGAGGACAUCAUGUUCUUCUGCUUUCACGUCCUCAAGUUCAUCACGGACGAGGAGUUUAGCAUUGUGGAGCAUCGCAAGCGCACCAAGACGUCCAGCAGCAGCGGCAGCAGCGUCAUUGUCAUCAAAUCCGAUUGCUGCGACGACGAGCCACUCAAGGAGGAUUACAUUUUGGCCUUCGAUCAAGAUAGCAACGAUAGCUACUCAAACUGUUCCAACUGUGAUAUGUCCAUAACAGAUAACUUCUAUGCCACAACAGCAACAACAACCACAACGCCAACAACCGCAGCCACAGCUGUCAACCCGCUCACUAGCCGUUCACCUAAUCCCAAGCGUUCUCGCACCAGCCCCAUUUCGGUGCCCGGAGCGAAUGCUCGCCAGCGUCAGGAGUCCACCUCAUCCAAUGGCAGCUGGCAAGUGGUUACGGACACCGGAUCCAUUGACUCGGUGAUGAAUGGCAGUUAUAUGAUGCGAUUCGUGUCGCAGCAGCAUCAGCAACAUCCACAGCUGGCUGACAGACAAGACAUUCCAAUGUGCAAUGGCGGCAAUGGCUAUCACUGUAACCUCACCAACAACAUGACUGGCGUCUAUCCCAAUCCCAGCGGCGGUGGCAGCAGCAAUACAAGCAACAGCAAUAGCAACAGCAGCGGCAACAACACGCACGGUUUCGUCAACGGUUCCUCCAAGGAUGCGGCCAACGGCAGCUCAGCUGCCAGCAAGCAAUGCAUCAACUUACGCAAACAACGGCUGAAUGCUGUGCGCGCCAUCUUUAUACAGGCGUAUGGCAAAACGAUUGGACUGAAAUUCAAGGAAGGCUCCUCAAUGAACCUGGCCACCUUUAUUGGCAAUCUGGCGGAUCAACUAUUUUGAGCUGACCGCUUUCUCCCGUCUGCCGCUGCACAUCUAUCUGAUUUUGAAGUAUGCCACAGGCGGCCCACAUCGCAUCAACAUCGCAAUAACAUCGCAUCCAAAUGCUGACUGACUGACUGCCGCUGCCUUGUGUGUGGCUUUGUUGUUUGUUAGUUCUUUUCAUUGUUAGUGCUGCGCUUUUUUUACCAUGGACUGUAUUUUGUAGACAUGUUGAUUAUUUACGUUUGUUGAUAAUAAAAUAAAAAUUAAUAAUA